CCUCUUGAGUCUCUCUCAUCAAGACUUGGUAAACUUUUCUCUUCUUCCUUUAUUAUUAUUAUUAUUAUUUCUACUCUUUUCUUGGAUUUUUCUGCCUUUCAAAUCAUUGGGUUUGCUUUAGAAUCCGUCAAACUAAACUCUUUGAUAAUAUUAUUUAUACGAGCCUUUGCAUGGUUUGAGGGGUCCAAGGUUUUCGAGGAAGAAGAGGUGUCUCUCGUUUGGGUUUUUGUGAGAAAUUUCUGGAAAGAGGAUUCAUAUUUGGGACCCUUUUGGGAGAUAAGAGAUAGAGUUGUUUUGGUUUUUGUUGGUGUUGUAGUAAUUGUUUGAUUUGAAGCUGUUUGUUUUGCCGUUUAAGAGAAUACGGAGGCUGUGGAGAAUUGGUUGUUUUUAGAUGGGGAAUCAAUGUGUUGCAAGGCCUUCAAAGGAUUGUAUUUCUCAAUCGAUUUCUCACUCAAUUUGGUGGUCAAAAUCCACUCUUGAAAUGAUUUCUCAUACCAACAGAGGAGAAAGCGCUGCUGAUGCAAAGUCUGAGACUAAGGAAACUGACGUCGAUAGUGUUGUUAUUUCACAUAAACCUCCAACACCAAUGAAGAUAGUUAAAGAUGGUAAUUUGGAGGUUAAGCAGCCGAAUCAGAAAUCCAUGGAAAAGACUCCCACAAAGAAGCAUGGUUAUGAGGAAACCAGGCAUGAUGAGCCUCCGAAACCAAAGAGGCCUCAUAUAGUGAAGAGAAUGCCGAGUGCAGGGCUUCGCGCUGAUUCGGUUUUGCAAACCAAAACAGGUCACUUGAAGGAGUCGUAUACCUUGGGGCGCAAGUUAGGACACGGGCAAUUUGGGACAACUUUUCUUGUUGUUGAGAAAGGAACUGGAAAAGAAUAUGCUUGCAAGUCAAUUGCAAAGAGGAAAUUGCUCACAACUGAUGAUGUGGAGGAUGUGAGGAGGGAAAUUCAGAUCAUGCAUCAUUUAGCAGGUCUUUCUAAUGCGGUUACAAUCAAAGGGGCUUAUGAGGACUCUGUGGCCGUUCAUGUUGUGAUGGAAUUGUGUGCAGGUGGAGAACUAUUUGAUAGGAUUGUAAAAAGGGGGCAUUAUACAGAAAGAAAAGCAGCUCAGCUAGCUAAGACUAUUGUUGGUUUUGUAGAAACCAGCCACUCUUUAGGGGUUCUGCAUCGUGAUCUUAAGCCUGAGAAUUUCCUCUUUGUUAAUGAGGAGGAGGAUUCGCCUCUGAAGGCGAUAGACUUCGGAUUGUCAAUAUUCUUCAAGCCAGGGGAUAUAUUUACUGAUGUGGUUGGAAGUCCAUAUUACGUCGCUCCUGAAGUGUUGUGCAAGCGUUAUGGUCCAGAAGCAGAUGUUUGGAGUGCUGGGGUUAUGAUAUAUAUUCUGUUAAGUGGUGUACCUCCAUUUUGGGCAGAAACGGAGCAUGAAAUAUUUGAAGAGGUUCUGCAUGGUGACCUUGACUUCACAUCAGAUCCCUGGCCUAAUAUCUCUGAAGGUGCAAAAGAUUUAGUCAGGAGAAUGCUUGUUAGAGACCCCAAAAGGCGGUUGACUGCACAUGAAGUUCUGUGCCAUCCUUGGAUUCAGGAAAAUGGAUUUGCCCCAGACAAGCCUCUUGAUCCUGCAGUCUUAACGCGUUUGAAGCAGUUUUCUGCUAUGAAAGGGCUGAAGAAAAUGGCUCUAAGAGUAAUUGCAGAGAGCCUCUCAGAGGAAGAAAUUGCUGGACUUAAAGAAAUGUUCAAAACGAUUGAUACAGACAAUAGUGGUCAAAUCACAUUUGAGGAACUCAAAAUUGGGCUCAAAAGAUUUGGUGCUAAUCUUGAUGAGUCUGAAAUCUAUAAUCUAAUGAAAGCUGCUGAUGUUGACAACGAUGGCGCCAUUGAUUAUAUCGAAUUCAUCGCUGCAACGUUAAAUGUAACUACAGUGGACCAGGAAGUUCAUCUGUUGGUAGCAUUCUCCUAUUUUGACAAAGAUGGCAGUGGCUAUAUCACUCCAGAUGAACUUCAACAAGCAUGCAAGGAAUUUGGACUAGACGAUACUUGCUUAGAAGACAUGAUUCGAGAGGUUGAUCAAGAUCAUGACGGGCGAAUCGAUUACAAUGAAUUUGUGGCAAUGAUGCAGAAGGGCAACAAUGAUUUGAACAAGAAAGUUGAAGAGAACAGAGGUUUUGGCAUUGGAUUUAGGGAGGCAUUGCCAGUUUGUUGACAUAUUAGUGAUGUUUCUUUCUUCUUUUAUUUUUUUAAUUUUUGGGUUUAUUGCUCAAGAUUGUAAUAAAGUUUAUUAAGGUUUAACAAUCUUUUAGUUUAUAGGGAAUACAAGAUUCAUACUUAACAUUUUUUUCCCAUCUUCUAGUUAGGUUUGUGAUUGAACCACAUAUAUAGAGCAUACUAAUGUAUAUACAAAUUCUUACGUCAUAUGUAAAAGGAAUACCAGAUUAGGACUUUACUUUU